GCUGUUCAUACAACAAGUUCAAAAAUUACAGUAUUUAUUGGUGUAAAAUAGUCGUUCUUUAUUGUGAAUAGAAACAUAGUGCAAUUUAAUACUUGGAUAAUUAAGUUGAUUCCAUCAUACACGACUAUGUCUACAUCAUCACUUGAAUCGUCAUCACCGGAAUGGCUAAAUAAAGAUUAUGUUAAAUUAAUUUUAUCAAAAAUUGAAGUUCAAGGCAAUCCAGAACUGAAUGAUUUCACAAUAAGUGCUGGAUCGGCACAAGGACAAAAUUUCGCUGGAGUUAUAAUUCGCGUGUCCAUAAAAUAUACGCUAGAUGGAAGUAAUAAGCAUGUUACUGUAAUUAUUAAAGCAUCACCCACUGCCGGAGCAGUAAGUGAGCUUUUAGAAGAUCUCGAUGUUUUUGGUGGAGAAUUGUUCGUCUAUAAAAACAUUUUAAGCGGAUUUAAUGAACUUUUACCGAGCUUUAAAAUAGCUCCAAGAUUACUUUAUGCCGAUGAUAAAGCUAUGGUCUUAGAGGAUCUUACUAAAUUAGACUUUGAACUUGCUAACCGAAAAAAUCAUUUCGACUUAAACCAAGCAAAACUAGUGCUUGCUAAAAUAGCUAAAUUCCACGCACUUACAGCAGCAUUGUACCAAAAAGAUCAAAGUUCAAUGGAGCGUCAUAUGAUUUCAGCUCAUGAUGCUGAAGAGAUGACUCCUCUUUCGUUCUUCUUUAGUGCUAGUUUACAAGAGUCUUUGGAAACUAUUCGUAAUUGUGAUGACCUUCAAGAAUACGUUCCAUUUUUGGAGUCUUUUGAUAUCGUACAAGAAGAAAAGAUUGUUUACACACGAAACGACACCGACAGAUUUAGAGUUCUUAAUCACGGUGAUCUAUGGAUUAAUAACAUUUUCUUUAAAUUCAAUGAUGCCAAAGAGCCGAUCGACGUUUUGCUUGUCGAUUAUCAAGAAAGCUAUUUUGGAUCACCAGGUAUUGAUUUCAAUCAUUUUCUCUACACUUCCUGCAAUUAUGAGGUACACAAUAAUCACAUUGAUGAGCUGAUCAUGUUUUAUUACAAUAACCUUGUGGCAACAUUAAAGCUGCUGAAUUAUGAGAAAAUUCCGUCAUUAAAUGACAUCAAAUACGAGAUAAAGAAUAAAUCCAAGCAGGGUUUAAUUGCAUUGCUAUCCGUUGUUCCAGUACAAAUGAUUGAAAAUCCAGAACAUGCUAAUCCUGAAUAUUUCCUCGCUGACACUGAAGAAGCUCAAGUUGUCAGGCGUGAGGUGUACGGAAAUCCUCACUUUGUAGAGACACUUAAAUUUUUCUUACCAAAGUUAUCAGCUCGUGGUGUACUAGGACGCAUUGAAAGCCAUUACUGACAGUUAAAUCAUAACAUUCCCAAAAGUAUACAUGCAAAGCUAUAAAUAGCUAAAUAUUUAUAAUUAACUGAUAUUUACAUAUUUUAAUAAACAUUAAAAAGUUUAAUUCAGCGAAUAAAAUGUUAUUGUUUACCGACAGAA